AUGCGUGGACUUGGGUCAUCUCGACCUACAACUUUUAUUUCCUUGAGGUCCUUUAGCAAUCGCGAUACUUCUGGACGUAAUGUUCAGGAUGAGCUUCCAUACUGUUCUUUGUGCCACGGCAGUCAGGAUGAGGAAGGGCUGUUCGAUGGCCCUUGUAAAUGUGAUGAGAAUGGAAAGCGACAGCCGAAAGUGAAGGUCCAGGAUUCUAAAAAGACCUCAUGCUGUGCUUCUGAUGCUGGACCUGCAAGAAGACAAAUGACAGAAGUUGAGGAUUUUGUUGGCUCCUCUGAGAAAGAUUUUGCUGAAUUCAUACUGACACAAGACGAGCUGAGUUCUCUUGAUUUGCGCGGCCAUGUAGUCGUCUUCAUCAUGGCCAAUCCAGGUUCACCAGCCAUUGGACUCGAGAACCUAUGCCAGCCUCUGAGGUCCUAUUGUGUCCAGCCCUCUCACCUCCACAGGAUCAUCAUCAUUGGACCACUCGACUACCUGAGGAAAGAAUGGGUCGAGCUACGGAGAAUCCCAGAAAUUUAUUUUGCAGCUGGUUAUCCGUGGGCCAAAGAAACCCGAAAGGUCGUGAAACUGGCCUCUUGCCAGAUGUGCGUCCUCCUCUGUGCUGAACCUGAACCAGAGAAACUGGGUUCAAGAUUCGACUUCGCAUUCGAAAUGCUGAAGACGACUUCGAGUCGGUUAGUCCGCACCAGGAAUAUGGUGGCUAUGAUGUAUGACCCAAUGGACGGAUAAUGCAACUUCUGUCAGCCAUAUUACUGAUGGGCCGAUGACACCAGUCAGUGACACCCUUGCAGUGGCGGUAGGACAGACAAUUCCUCCUGCACUCUUUCACUCCUUUGCAUAUUUGAACUAUGGCAGGUCAGAUGUCCUCAGUUUCGCAUGCACACUCAUGCAAGGCGGACUAUCGCCCAAAUCCCUUGUGGAACAAGGUUAUGAUGAGGUUCAAGUACGACUACUAGAUCCUGUAGAUCUGAAGGAUGAGGGAAUCCACAGCAGAGGAACAUAUGAAGAAGUCUUUCGCAAUGCCCUGCAUAGCAAUAUGCUAUGCAGAGGCUGCCAAAUGUCCUACAUCAAUAAUGCCAAGAUUACAUCCGCAGACAUGACCUCCCUUUGAAGUUCUUGGGGGAGGCCUUCUCAGUCCCUACCCCAUCAGUGUUAGAAAUGUUGGCAUUUUGGCUUAACCUGGUCACAGGCCAUUCAAAUUGCUCUGCACAUUCUCACACGUGUGCCAAUUGUGGUGGGCCUCACAAUGUAUUUUGUAAGAGCUGCCCUACCUACAAGUUUGAAUCUGAGGCAGCAGUUCCCAGAUUCGAACUUCGUGCAAGGCCAGGCAGGAAACACGCCAACAACGUUUUGAUAUUGAUUUCCCUUCUCUCCGAGAUGUUUCUAUAUCUCCCUUUAUAUCUCUUAUUCCUUACGUUCCCACUUCUACCCCCUCCCUCUCCCAGUCAAAAUCUUUAACCAUUCUAAAUCCAGACACUCCAAUCUCUACCUCUCAUCGCCUACCCACCACAAUAGACAAUCUAGGUGAUCCACCCCAUCUUUUAGCACAUCCUCCCCUACACCUACCUCUUCCUCUGUACCUCAGACGUCUGCCCCCUCUUCUGAAAAGUGUUUCUUAUGAGGGGAAGACCUCCCCAAUCAACUCCCUUUCAGAUACCCAUGGGGACAUUUCAGACUUUCUAAUCACGGCCCCAAAAACAUGUCCAGCCAUCAUCUACACACCAAUCUGUUAUCAUUCCCUCUACACUUAAAGCAACUGCCGACAUCCAUCCUCCCCUUAUCUUGUUCCCCUACACCCCUUCCUCCCACUCCCUCUCAACACCCCCCCGCCCUGCUCCAUUUAAAUUAACCACCCUUCCUUCCCUGUCAUUCCUUCUGCUCCCUUAUGGACACAAGUAACUCCAUUUUGUCACAGUGCCCUUCCCAGACCCUCCUUUUUCUGGUACUUCCCCAUAUCCUUUGUCUCAUUUCCCGAGUCUUGUUCUACUUCUCCCAACACCCAUUUUUAUCCUAUCACUUGUAUGUUUCAAGAUACCUCUUCUACACCGAAAUACUCGCAGUUUCUGUUCUCACAGACCUGUAACCUCUUUUUGAUCUAAUCGCCCCUAACAGCCCCUUUUCUCUUUGGCUAAUUCCUGCCUUACCCCAUUUCCUCACCCUCUUCACACCUAAAAGGAUGAGUCCCAACUUCUUGUGGCAUAAUCUGUUGAGAGUUAAAGGAAAAUAAGAUAUACUUGUGUCUUAUUUUAUUAUAUCAGUGUCCAUUAUAUAGAUAAAACAUUAUCAAUUCUAAAUAAUACUUACUCAACAGCCUCAUGCAAUGUCAUGCUUUCAAAAGAAUCGGACAAACAGGUAGUGCAGAUAAGGGAGCUUCUGCCAAAGUUGUACUCUUCCUCCCAUGUCAAGUCAUGGGUCUGCUGGAAAUACAGCAUUUGGUUAAGUGACACAAGUUUCAAACUUCGCUAACCCAAUGUAUCAAUAGCCCUUAGGAAACUUGAUUACUAACAAAAACACCAAUGAACUUAGAUUAAUGGAUGUACGUACAUUGUCCAUAUCUUUAACCAUAUCUUUCAAAAUCAGGUUUGCCAGUAAUGUGGAGAACCCAGGGACGAGGCAUGAAUAGCCCAUCAGUUUAAGAUUAAACUCUGCAUAGCAGAAGAUGCUCACCUCGCCGUCUUCUGCUCUUGGCUGGUACACCUCAUCAAAGAGUUUCUGUAAAUUACAAAUCUAACAUAUGAAUCUAAACUAUUCAAGUAAAUCAACAAUAUCAAAUGAACUGUCUCACUGGUACCAACUGGUAUGUGAAAGCAACCUUGCUUUUGCACUGAAGCAAUUCCAGGAGGACUGGGGAAGUUCUAGAUCUGGAGACUUCUAAUGCUGAGGUGAUGUUUUGGAAGUCUUCCCCUUCCUGGUCUUUGCUAUUUUGGUUUGAGAGGAAAAUGCAUGCCUGGGCUUUAUCGAUCUGGAAAGGAAAUGGUAAGUUCAAGUCCUUUACGUAAGAGUCUUUACGCUAGACCACACUAUGAAAAAAUACUAAUAAAUCAAAAUUGCAUAGAAAGGGUUCAAUCUUCCUUCAAGUCUGAACAGGAGUAAAGUAACAUGAUUACCGCAGCAAGUUCUCGACCAUCUUGAACCAGGCCUUGGACAGGAUGCAAGGCAUGGAGUGGUGAUUCACCAUCCUCACACGGAGUACAACUGCAAUUUUGUUCAAUUAAAUACAAAAGAUAUGGUGUCACAUUAAUCAACAAUGACACUAUGCAUUAAAUAUGCCUCAAUUCAGAGCAAGAAAUUACAAAGUGUAUGAAGUUGCUGGUGAAAGGAGAAAACAUUAGGGCCGGAUUCACUUAACACUCUCUCAGGAUCGCACCUUAGGCUGCGGCAGUAAGGUGUUCAUACAACAUCCAGAGUGGGGGCCGAUUGCUGAUCACUAGUAGCAUUGCAGAUUGAACACAAAGAGCAUUCAAUCCCAACCUUCCUAAACGCUGUACUCUUUCUACAUUUUUGGAUUGGACAUUUAAUUUGCUAAGAAACAUACUUCCGAGUGAUACCAGAUUAAAAGAAAUCAGUGAAGUGAGGGAGUCGUCAAUGCAGCUUUUAUAAUGGGAAUCGCCCUGUGAAGCACCACCGGAAGUCUUUAUCAAGUAGGUGAAGAGUUAGUGUGUAUAAAGCACAAUAUACUUGCCCAGAAAGACCAGGUCAGCAUCCCUGUGUAUCCCUGUCAUUAUAAAAGUGCGGAUCUUCUGAGUGUUCAGGUAGCCACAAAACACAAUAUGCCUGAUGAGAGGUAAUUAGGGAAAAAUAUUAAGAAAGAAAAAGAAAAAAAAAACAGUAAAGAAAUAAAAAGGGGAGCUUGAAGACAAAGGCAACUCGGCUCCCUCUCAGACUUCCUUUCUACUCCAUUUCUUACAGUGCUUUGCUCUUUUUUAUCUGCAGGAUUUUCAGUUUAUAUCACAUUAAUAUUGAAUAAAGAAACAGGAAGAAAACUACGUAGACACUAACCUGCCAGACAAUAUCGGCCUAUAUGGUUUAAAUUUUGGAACAACUGUGGAAAUUAUCCUCAGUACUAAGUUUGGUACGUACUUUCCAUACAGUGCCUAAAAUAAAGAAUCAAAUAAGAGAGCAUCCUGUGUUCUCUUCAACACAAUAUAUUCUUUUAACCAAACAACAUAUAAAACAAUAUGAAAUAAAUAUAUGUUUAUAUUUGUGCUAAUGUAUUUUGUAACGUUCAUGUUCAACAGGUGUUUUUGGAAGUCUUGCUGAACUUUAUCUCUGUGUGUGUCUUCAUUGCAGAAGAUUAUCAGUUGUGAGUACAGAUAUUACUUUGUAUUUUUAUGCACUAAUGUAAAUUUUCGUAUUACAGAAUAGAAUCACAUGCCACAUGAUAAAUUUAAUAUAAAAAAAUUUAACAUAUAAAAUAAUUUACUUGCAUUAUAUUUUUAUGAAAUGCGAAGAGGAGUCAUCUAACCUACCAAAACAAUGGGUAAGAAUAAGGUGAGAAAAAUUCUGGUCACUAUUGUCUUGCAUGGGACAUCACCAUAGCCGAUAGCAGUUGCUGUUAUUGUGGUGAAGUAGAGCCAGGUUCCAUAAUGCAAGUCAUGGAGUUUCUCCACUUCUAACAGUUGUCAUGACUCUCAGCCUGCAAUUUGUUCAUGUGUGCUGCUUACAUGCAUGUAGCUGUUUAUGCAAAUUUCUUCUAUAUUUCUGCAGUAUGUGUAUUGAUAUCAGAUAUACCAAAAACUAAAAUGACUUGUUCUACAAAAGUAUUCAUAUCCUUACUUACAAAGUAUAUGAAUCCAGCCACCAUAAACCAACCAGCUAGAAUCCUGGACAGGUACUUUAUGAUGACAAACAUAUGGGGGGACGUCUCAGCAUCACCUCCCACUUCUUCAAACUUCAUUAUAAAAAUGAUCCGCACCAAGUGAAUACCUGUAUUUUUUAUCAAAGCCUGUCAGCCACAGUUUACUUUCAAUAUCUGCCAUUGUGGCAAGGGUUGGUAUUAAUGCAACCCUUACCACAUAUAUCAUUAGGGUCAUUCGUAUAGAGAGUGUUUAUACAAAAAUCUUGUCAGUAUAGGCACACUACUAUAUUUAACAAUUAUAACUAUUUAUUCUCUUCAACUACAUACUUUAAAGUCCAAACAUACCAAUGAAAGUCCUUCCAAGAAUCAUUCCAAAGAUGACUAGUGGUAUGGUGUAAUAAUCUACAAUGGUGUAUUUACAGGACAGAAAAGCCCUCAUGUUUGGGGCUAACACCAUCUGGAAAUAUAAGUGGAUCAUGCUCGUCAUCAUCAUAUUUAAUACAAAGCAAGUACUGAUUUUGCCUUAAGGAACUUGUACAUACUUUGAAGUAUAUGUAUGAAAACUGCUCUUACAUACUUACUGAAAAUUUGUUAACAAGAUUAAACAAUUUUCACUGUUAUUUGAAAUCUACAUAUAUACUGCUAACAGAAGAGGGGAAUGUUGAAUGCAAACAAUAUCAAUCAUAAAGGGUAACUACUCACUCUUAAGAAUAGGCCCAGGAAGCACACAUUCAACAGUUCAAUAAUUUGGAAGGCACUUUCUCCAAUAGGUAGGCAGACCUCAAAGACGCGACUGAAAAGGAUGGAUUAGUUCAUAAAAAAAAGAAAAAAAAAAAUAUCAUGUGGCAUGUGAUUCUAUUCUGUAAUACGAAAAUUUACAUUAGUGCAUAAAAAUACAAAGUAAUAUCUGUACUCACAACUGAUAAUCUUCUGCAAUGAAGACACACACGGAGAUUAAGUUCAGCAAGACUUCCAAAAACACCUGUUGAACAUGAACGUUACAAAAUACAUUAGCACAAAUAUAAACAUAUUUAUUUCAUAUUGUUUUAUAUGUUGUUUGGUUGCUCCAUUUGAGGGGAAAAGGUGAAUAAAAUACGGAGCUCUGCUGAGCUACACGAGUAUAUUAUUCUUCUUUUCUUUUAUAGGGUUUUAGACUUUUGAAGUCUAUAUUCCCUGGAUCUUUGAUUCUUGGUUCUUCUUUGUUGAUUGGAGUUUUUAUAUUAUGUCUAUUAUUUUUGAUCUUUGUAGGAAGAUCUUGAAAUGUCUUAAUAUGUAGUAUUUCUUAGCUGAUGAAUAUUCUUCGCCUGUUAUUAUAAGAGACAUAAUUGGAUUAUUUAUAUUAAUUCUUUUUAAUGAUUCAUAUAAUUUCAUUCUAUACGAGUUAAAUCUUGGGCAUUGAAGUGUUAGGUGUUCUAUGGUUUCUGCUUCAUGUUGGCACCAUCUGCAAGUUGGGUCUGUCUCCAUUUUUAUUUUAUAUAGAUGUUGUUUUAAUCUUGUAUGAUUUGUUUUUAUUUGUGAUAAACAAACAUCUAUUUUUCUGUUUUUUUGAUCUUGACCAUUCAUUUGGUUUGUUAUCUUUGAUAUAAUAGUUUUUUGUGUUUAGAAUUUCAAUCCACUGUUCUUCCCAUGUUUUUCUGUUCUUAUUUUUUAUCUCUUUUAUUAGAUUGUUAAUGUCUUUUGUUAUGGCUGUGGAAUUUAUUAAUUCAUGUGCUUUUUUGGCAGCUUGAUCUGCUAUUUCAUUGCCUCUAAUGCCUUUAUGUGACGGUAUCCAUUGUAAUAUGAUAUUCUGUUUUUAUUUUGCUAAUGUGAGUAUUGAUUGUUGUAUUUCGUAUGUGAUUUGUUUGUAUGUUUUGGGUCUGUGAUUUACUAUUAAUUGUAGUGCUGAAAAAGAGUCUGUGAAGAUUACCGAGUUUGCUAUUUUGUUAUUUUGAAUGUAAUGUAAUCCUUGUUUUAUUGCAAAUAACUCUGCUUCGGUUAUAUCUGUGCAUUUUGGUAGCUUCCAGAUUGUUGUAAUGUUAACAUUUUGGAUAAAUAUUGCUGCUGAGACUGAA